UUGUACUAAACAACAACAACACAACAAACACGGCGCCAGAGUCGCGCGCCGACCGCCGGAAAAACAUGUGUUUGGUGAACGCGCCGAGCACCGCCGUCGAUGCCGCCGCCGCGCGGUCCUCCAGCACGCAAAGUGUUGUUCCACCAUCCGGCGAAGAAGUUCGAGACUUGUGCUUUCAUCCGGUCCGGUUUCAUCCCGCGCGUAGUGCCAAUCAGCUGAUUCACUUUUUAACUUUUUACAACUCGCAAAAACCGCCAGAUAAUUCGAUUAAAAAUACAAACAAAAAUUUGAUUUUAUAAAUUAAUUAAAUUUGGUUAUGUGAACAAAAAAGUUUGUGUCGUUUGCGGUUCACGUCGCACGAGUUGUAUGUGUUUUAAAAGCAAGUGGAUUUUUAUCAGGCAAAAAUAUGCGGCGCUGCCUGGACGUCUUCUUCUUCUUCUUCCUCUUCGGGGCAGCUCCGCAGAGAGCCAAUCAACAGCAUCAAUUGGAAUUCAGCUAAUUGUAAAGGCUUAAUUAACACGCCACAAUGAGGCGCAGCGCGACGCGCGCAACGGGACAACGCGUCCACUCGCUCCACACACACACGCGCGCUGAAAAAAAGGCGAUCCGUGCAGACGCCGUCGCUCCUCGCCUCAUCGGCCCGUCGCGCUCUUCGCAUCCAUCGCCGUCGAGACGGAUCGCGUUCGGGGAUCCCAGUGGCACAGUCACAGCAUACACACAGCGACAAGCGUCACCGACGACGGAGCGGCGGCCAGGUUCCCGAGAACCAGAUUUAAGAAGUCAGCUGCGUUACUUUUAUAACUGUUAUAAAUUAUAUGCGAAACAAAUAAAUAUUUGAAAACAAAA